GGCACUGACUGGCAUCACUGCUGGGCACUGACUGGCGACACUGACUGGCACAACCCCUGGGCACUGGCUGGUGGCACUGACUGGCAGCACUGCUGGGCUGCACUGGUGGGUGGCACUGGUGGGCAGCACUGGUGGGUGGGCACAGGUGGGUGGCACUGGUGGGCACAGGUGGGUGGGCCCAGGUGGGUGGCACUGCUGGGCACAUGUAGGUGGCACUUCUGGGCACAGGUAGGUGGCACGGCAGAGUGGCACAGGUGGGUGCACUGCUGGGCACAGGUGGGUGCACUGCUGGGCACAGGUGGGCAGAACUUGCAGGUGGCACUGCUG